GACGGUUCUUCCGAUUAGUUUCCCCACCCAGAUUCACUGUUUAUCAGUGUGUGCCUGAGACGAGUACAAUUCAGUUUGGUGUUUCGAUCAGCCUAACAGCAAUCUCAACUGUUCAUUGCACUUGAAAGCUGUUCCUAUGAGGGUGUGUGUAGUUGUUUUUUUUCUACAUCAGUAACGGUGGAAGUGACAGCCCCUGGAGCAAGGGGGUUGAAUGUUAGCCUCAUUUCCUUAAUAGCUCUCGGGCGAUAAAGACGUAUAAACGAACGCCGCGGAACCGGCUAUAAACUGUCUCAAUUGAAAACUAUCGUAGAAUAAUCUUAUGUAUGUGAGUUGGGAUAGAAAAAACUUUCAGUAUAAGGAAUAGGCAGUGAUUCGAUUUGAAGCUGUGCUGACUUGAAGUAAAUGCAAAAUUAAUGGACUCUGAAGGCUAUUAUUAUCUAAGUGUUGUUGAGAAAACCAUUUCAAAAUGCUGUGUCUACAACCAGCAGAGCUUCGAAAUAGUUCUAACGAUUUGAUUCACCGGUUCAGCUAUGGCUGUCAACUCAAGAACUGGGAGACCAGGUGCGGCAUGCGUCGCCCAUCCCUGGGACAGAAUGAAGACGACCUUAGUCGUCUCACAACCGUAAUCUCCCCAACGACAGUUAGUUUAUCUUCGACACAAACGGAACAUGAAGAAGACGACUGCAGCAGCGAAAAGAGUAUUCACAAAUUCAACAACCAUCCGCAUCAACUGGAGCAGCAGCACAGUAGCACAGGAAACGCUAGCAGUCCCCGUCCUGGUUACGGGUACGGCAGUAACAACGGCAGCAAAAACAGCACUAGCAACGGAACAAUUGGCGCAUCCACAUCCCAGUAUCUGCCUAAUUUGAUUAAUUCAUCCGAGUGGCAAAAUUGCAGAAAACGCAAAGAACGACAAGACAGCACCUCUUCGAUCAGUCAGGAUCGCAAGCUGAUCAGAUCGAACAGUGAAGAGCACCUGCCCAACUGUCAGGAGGUGAUUCGUCGUGUAGCCUCGCAUGAGGACUUUAAGAAACCUUCUCCGUUAAUAGAGAUUAGCGUCGACAAGGAAAACAUUAUCGAGGAAGCUGCUGAAGAACAGCAUCAAUUGGAGGUUCAGCAAACUUUCGAGAAAAAUCUGAAAAACAGCUCGGAAAACCUCAAGAAGUUUUUUAUCGGUAGCGAAUCCGAAGCCUUGCAUAUUAGGGUUGGUGAAUCGCAACUUCUCCAUCAACAUUCUCACAACAACCACAUAAAUCAUCACAAUCAUUCCGCUAAGAACCGACUAUCACCUUGCCGUGAUGUGCUUAAAAACCGCAAGGAUUCCGACAGUGAGUUAGACGGUGAGCACGAACGCCGCCGCCACUGCGAGCGGUUCUCCAAAACGCGACCACCUCCUGGGCGCAAGUCGGUUUCACCCCGAAAUCGUACCAAACAAAUCAAGCAUAUUUCAUCCAGCAAAGACAAAAGCGGAAAUGAACACUUCUAUUCCAAACAUGACUCGCACCAUUCGGUUAAACACGAACGCCGCGCAUACAGCAAGCAACGUGACAAGACAUCGGAACCGUCGAAAAGUCCCGAGCCGGAAAUCUUCGCUGACUACAAUGACAAUACGUUGCUGAAGAAGGGCAGUGCUGAGUCUCCUCGCGAGAAGCAGCUGCCAUGGGACCAUUCCUUCCAGGAUGACACACCGGUUGUCUGUCAGCGUUUUGCGGAACACAACUUCGAGCAUGCCAAUGCUAUGGGAACUUUCGGCGAGGUACGCAGUUUACCCCCAAAUGCCACCAUGAAACAUUACGGUAACUAUCGCAGCACAGAAUUGCAUCAGAACACUCACCAGAAGCCGAUACCGCAGGCCAACAACAUGUUUGAUGAACGAACCAAAACAAUUAACCGCAAAUUGAGUACUCUGAAGAAGAAAUUAACACAGUACGAAGAUCGGUUCGAGCGAGAGAAUGGUUUCCGGCCCGCGCAUGGUGACAAGACCAGCGAUGGCUCCAUGCGGUCAGUGGUCGUCGAGAUACAUAAGCUGCGCAAGGAGAAAAAUCAGAUCAAGGCUGAUUUGGCGGUGUUCAACGCAAAGACAACCAAGGGAACGCUAGGCGACAACUCGUGCCUCAGUGGAUCCGCACCGGGACCAUCCGAGGAUGAGAACAAAUUGGUCAAGAUGCAGGAAACUAUCUCCGAUAUUGAGAAGCGUCUGCAAGAAAAGCGUACCACCGAACAUCGCAGCGAAAAUCUGGAUAAACUCUCCAGUGAUCAGUUAGUCGAGGAAAAGGCAUCGGUUCAACGCGCUCUGCUUUAUCUGGAGUCGAUCUACGGGCGCCCAGCUAGUCGUGAAGAGCGCGAUGCUGCCAGACCCCUGUACGAUCGCUACAGACUCAUUAAACGACUGGUUAACCGUGCGAACUCCAUUAGCGGACCGUGUGGGGCUAACUCUCAGAUGCCAACCAUUUUAGAGCACGAAGCGCUAGCCAUCGUAGGAACGACAACGCCUUCGACCGACAUUUCUCCUCCUUCGGCUACCUCGAUGGUUCAGUCGCCUGCGGACACCUCGGUAGCGUCAACUGCAGCACUAUCGACCGAUGAGUCAGAAACGACAUCCAGCUCGAUUACCGAGAACAUUCAUUCGAUGACCGUCGAGGAGUUGUGGGAGCACUAUGAUGCUGCCCGUGAGGAAAAGAAGGAACUGCGCCGAACAAUUAAGGAGUUCGAACAGAAGUUUGAGGAAACCACCGGCCGGAAGAUGCUUAAAUCGGAUCGGAAGACCAUUGAGGAUACCUAUGCCAUGUACAAGCAAAAGAAGGCAAAACUUCGACUGAUUGAUGCCCUGUUCAAGAAGCAGAUGUCAGUUUAAAAUGAUCUCUCAUUUUCCCGUAUUCACUAACCCCACUCACUCAGAUGCUAAUUCUAUUCCGUCUCCCAAAGUCGUAACAAAUUCUUCCCUACCGCCUUAUGUUGUUUGGUCGAUCUCAACCAUGCCUCUAAUUUCCUUCAAACCAUUUUAUUUAUUUCAUGUUUGCAUCAUACUCGAUAAACUUAUUUUCUACCUACUUUAAAACCCCUUACCUCGCGUCUUCAUUUGUGGAGCAAAAAAAUUAGUUUUUCGAAUAAAAAGCCAAACUUAAAAAUAUGCUGUCGACAAAAAAAGCAAAUGACAUUAAUCAAAUGAUGAAUCUUUGUUCAAAUGUUGCUGAUUGAAUCCAAUGAGAUUUAACAUGUGUACAGACCUAUGGAACAGAUUAUGGAGCUGAAUACUAUUUUAAGGCUUGUUUACUUGUUUUCGGUUUCCACUUCUGGUGUCUAUUUAUCUGUUAUUAAUUGUAUAAUUGUGUAUCUCUAUUGAUUUUUAUUCUAAUUACUAGUGCUGGAUGAUUGCCUCCUCAAGCUGAGAGUUGAAUGAUAAAGCGGUUUUUUGCCGUAGAGUAUGAAAACGGUAUAUAUACAAAAUGAUCAAACAAGCACACAUAACUGCGAGCUGAGAUGAAUAAAAAAAAUCUAUUUGCAAACAAAUUGACUUUUCAGUUUGAUCUAGUGCAACAAUGUAAAGAAUAUUUACAUUUCAAAAUGUGACCUAAGCAAAUACAUUUAAUGUAUGGAACUUUUGAUUUAGCCUUUAAAUAUACAUUCGGGAAAAAAGAAGUGCAAACUUAUAAUCAUUUAACUUUUGGAGCACGAAGUGAAAAUUUUACAGUAUAAUUGUACUACUCAUAAAUAAUCAAUCUAUAGGAAUGAUCAAAACAAGCUACUUAAUGUAAGGCAACUGAUUAUGUUUUCCAAAAAAAACAGCUACCAGCGUGAAGAAGUCAUCUUCGUACUAUACACAUAACGAUAUUCAACGGUAAAACAAAACAAACAGAAAACCCAUACAAUACAAAAGCGGCAUAAUUCAGAAGAAUACAGUACACACAUUAACAAAACUAAACACGAUUUGUAGCUCUUUAAGACUAUAAUUACGACGAUUAUUAUUGCUGAUGAAACUGAGUAAAAGCGAUAUGUUCUCAAAGAACGAUUUAUUAAGCAUUAUGAUUAUUAUAUUAUUGCUAUAAUUAUUAUUGGUAACGUAUUUGGUGCAUAAACUGCACAUUGAUAAUGAGAGGUUAAAUGGAAAAUAGCAAUGCCGGAACAAAAUGUGGAAUGUUCGAAAUGGUAUCGAGUGAAUAUGGACAUACCUAGGUUUAAUUCUUGGUAAAUAUAUAAACAGCAAAGUUAAGCUAUGUGCAAAACUA